AUCUGCGGUUGUUUCAAACAUGGAGGAGAGAGAGAGGAGGAGUGUGAAGUCCGACACUAAAGACACGGCCGCUCCAAGCUGUUCAAGAGCGCCAUCAGCCCCGGAGCACCAAGCAGCGGCGGGCAGUCGGUCCGGAGACGAUGACGCAGAAAGAGUAGACGUCUGCUCCGAUCACUUUGACCCGCUCCUGGCCUUGUACUCGCCGACUGUACCGCUGCCUUUCCCAAAUAUCAAGGGCUUCAACAAUGUGGCGGCGUACGAGAGCUUCAUGAAGGGCGGCCGGGGCAGAGCCAAGCCGGAGAAUGUGGAGAAGAGACGGCUCAAGGCGAUGAAAGGGGUGGCGGACCCUGAACGCAUCGAGAGGCUGAAGAAGCUCAUCGUGAACAACCCGGUGUCGGAGAAGGCGCAGAGCAGCGGCACGGCGCGGAGGAGGAGGCAGGAGCUCCAGAAAAACGUCCUGACCAGGAUGCCCUUGUGUAAAGGCAGUCCAUUGGGGGAGCUGUACAGAUGUGUCGAGGAGAGGAUAAGGGUCAAAGUUCACAUCAGGACCUUCAAGGGGCUGAGGGGAGUGUGCUCCGGCUUUGUCGUGGCCUUCGACAAGUUCUGGAACAUGGCAAUGGUCGAUGUAGAUGAGACGUACCGAGAGCCUCUGCUUGGAGAGGCCUUCUACCAUGAAAAGGCCCUCACCAUCUCCCGGCUCUUCGAGAAGCUAAAGCUCCAGGAGAACCCGGGAGGUGAUGAGCCAGCAAAAAAGCACGAAGCCCAGGAAACAGCCAGCAAGCAUCAGCCUGCAAACCCAGGAAGUACCCCGAAAAACCAGUCUGCUCACCCGACUAGCAAGAGAGGGGACAGCGGGGCGGAGUCCAAACUGUCCGACGCUGUUGGAGUCAAAUGGGAUAAACACAAAGUCUCGGGCCCAGAGGGCCGUCGGAAGAAAGACUCCCAGACGUACGGCAAGGUCCACACACGCCACAUCAACCAGCUGUUCAUCCGGGGGGAGAACGUUCUCCUGGUGAACCCACAGCCGCUCUGCUUAUUGCCUGCAGUCUGACAUUUCCCCUGGAUUAAAGAAAAGUGGGCUACAGCCAAUUAAAUUUAAGUUUCAUUUUACGCCGAUCAUCUGAAAUUAUAGGCGUGAAAUACCGUCGAUGAACUGCCAGAGAUUUGAUUUAAUUAGAUUCGGGGGAAUCAAAACAAGGACUAAUGUUAUAUCAUAUUGAUAUGGAGGUUUUUUCCUCCGCCCACCAGAGAAAUUAUCUUUAUUUUUGAGGAAUAAAAGCUUCUCAGUUCUAAUUA